CUGAAGCUGAAGGUGGAACUAGAGCGUCUGGAGAGCAGAAGAAACACACCGAACCAGAGCAGAUGUGAAUGUCAUCAGUGACGGUGAAUCUUGAGAGAUGUCUGGUGUGUCUGAUAGCAUCUGUGCAGGUGCAGCAGUCAUGUGCUUUUGAAGAACACACUGAUCUGAGGGCGUGGCCUCAUGUGGGAUGGGGGCGGGGCUAAUGAACACACAAGGGCGUCAUCUGACCCCGAAGCAGCCGCUCAUUCAGACAGUGUUUCAGGGAGUAACAUCUAAUGAUCCAGAAGCAGCACUGACACAAACAAACAAACACCUGAAGACUCCAGAGUUUAUUAAAUGCUGUUAAGAUCCGCCUGACAGCAACAUCCUCCAGGUUUCAGACGCAGCGCUGGUAACGGUUGGUGGGAGUGGCUGUGGCUUGCAGUGGGUGUGGCUCUGGGCAGUCGUGGGCGUGGUCACAGCUGUUACUUACUGCAGUGAGAUCAGACUGAUGUGAUGGAUGCAUAUAACACACAGAUCUGCAGGCCGCCGCUCAAUAGAGACGAUCUGUAUCCGCCUGAACCGCACCGCACAGCAUGAUGGGAAGUAAAAAAGCAAACAGGAGGUUUUCACUGGACAGCUCAGGGUAUCAUCUGGACAUCAGUGGAAGCGCAGCAAAGCCCAAGAACAGCAUGCUGAGAAGAUCUUCAGACAGCAGAGGCUUCCAGAGUCCAGACGAGACGCAUCUGGAGUUCCUGGAGCACAGCGGCAGCGGCUCACGCAGAUCCAUGAGUAUAGAGGAGGAGGCUGGAUCCGGCGUUCGUAAUAGCUUCAAGAGCCACAACAAAACCUUCCACAAACUCUUCCCUGAGGUCCCCGAGACGGAGGAUCUGGAACACGUGCACACCUGCGCCCUGCAGAAGGAGGUGAUUUACCACGGUAAGAUGUACCUGUCCAGUCAACACAUCUGCUUCCACUCGUCUGUGCUGCUGAAGGACACCAAGGUGAUGAUCCACAUGUCCAGCGUUCAGAGCAUAAAGAAGAAACACACAGCUAAGAUCGUUCCCAACGCCAUCGCCGUCAUCACCACAGACGGACACAAGUAUCUGUUCGUGUUGUUUCUGAAUCGAGAAGCGUGCUUCAAACUGCUGCAGUCGCUCUGUACACAGCUGCAGAUGGAGAGCAGCAGCUGGAAAUCCUCCACUCCUGAUGUGGAGAUCGACACGAUUGAAGACUGUAAAUGA